AUGACAGCUGUGGACCCUUCCUGGGUUGAGCAGAGCAUGGCAUUACAGACGGUUGCAGUUCAGUGCCAGUGGUGGCGUGCACGCAUAACGCCGUACAUAACUCUUGAUCUUCGAUCCAAUGGAAAUCCCUACUUAGUUAUGAAAGGCUUUCUCCGUGCACGCUUGGCGGCUUUGACCAUGCUUGUGCAACCUGCGUUGAUGGCGCUCGUCCAAAGGACCUACGAAACGUUUUGCUUUGGCGUCGGCAGCGAGCGACGGGGCAUGGCCCUUGUAAAACGGGCAAAGCCCAUUUGCACUCAGCAGCGCUUAUAA